CAAGACUGGGCAGACCUUACGGCGUCUGCGACGACGGGGAGGAGUUCCUGAGGCGCUACGGUACCGUCUACACGAGACGGGUGAGUCGGGGGGGGGGGGGUCAUAGGUCACGCCACUGAGACCACGUGAUUAAAUCGACCGCGAAACAUUGAGAUCUUGAUGGCAUACCCGAAACGGAUCGAUCAAGUCAAUCGUAUGGACUCUAGAUCAAUAGAGUACAGUAGAUGAAUAGAGUGCAGUAGAUUAAUAGAGUACAGUAGAUAAAUAGAGUACAGUAGAUAAAUAGAGUACAGUUGAUAACAUAAAAUAUAACAAACUCAUGCUUGGCAUUAACACAAAUAAUUCAUUAACAAAAUUCAUCCUCCCACCCACCACACACACUUUUUUCUUUCUUUUCCUCCAUCAGAAAUGUUACAUUCCUCAUAGAGAGUGCUUAUUUCUAUAACCAGUAGAAGAUACCUAAAGCUUCCAUUAGCAUUUAAAAUGGUUGUUUUUUUUUUUAAAGUCCAGUUUGAGUGAGAAAGUUUAACCAAUUCAAACAUCUAACCUCACAACAGCACAAAACAGAAGAACAGAAAAACUUGUUUGGUAAAAAUAUUAACUUAAAAAAAAAAAAAAAUCAUUUUUUUUUUAAAGUCCAGUUUGAGUGAGAAAAUUUAACCAAUUCAAACAUCUAACCUCACAACAGCACAAAACAGAAGAACAGAAAAACUUGUUUGGUAAAAAUAUUAACUUAAAAAAAAAAAAAAAUCUUUAAUCGCCUUCACAGACUUGCCAACACGUGUGCGAACAGACCCUCAUACAACAGCACUGCGGUUGCCAUGACAGCCAAGACGAGGAGACACACAGACUGCACAACAAAGAGUUCGGACACGCGUGUUCUACAGAGAAAGGUUUGCGUGUAAAUGAAGGCUUGACUUAAUGCACCCCCGGUUUUAAACGCGAUGAGGGAAGCAACCAGGAGUGGCGAAACGUCGUCAUGAGCACGGACAGCCGUUCCGUCGUAUUUAAUUUGAGAGAGAGGUUCUCAAAUUCUUCAGAUCACACCAACGGCGCACCCUCACAAAGUGUCCCCCGGGCCGAAAUCCCCCAAUAAAAGGCACCUCCUCACACACACACACACAGCAUGUAAAGAAUGUUUCUAUAACACAAGAGUGCCACCCGGGGCUGUCGCGCCCCCCUGUCCGCCCCUUCCCUCUAUGUUCACCACUGAAUCACACAACGUUUUAAAGAAGUGGUGUUUGUUUUCUGAAAAUUUGAUAGAAUGUAUUGUCAUCGGCAACGAGUCUAUGUGCCAAGUUUCAGCUCGAUAGGUUGACGGGAAGUGGGUCAAAUAGCCUUCCGAAGAUUUUGCCAGCCAUCAACGGAAAAAACAACAACAACAACAACGAAGUUAAUAUGAAGGAUUUAAACAUCAAAUUCUUACAUUAUAGAUACGAUUGCUACAAAAGCUGAUUUUACAACCAUAGUAAAUAUUUAAACUCAUAGUGUGGCAGUAAAAGGAGAACAAAAUGUUUAGCUGCGUCCUAGUUCUUGUGUAAUUACUGGCCAAACACACUGUCUUUGUGAAUGGUCAUGGUGGUUUAUUCAUUACUGUGGCACCCCAACACUUCUCUGUUCUUACAGAGUUGAGAUGCAUGCUGGCCACACUGAG